AUGCAGGUCCAUACCCUUCUGUGGAGAGGCUUGCUAGGCUUCUUCCUGAGCUUGACCUUUAGUCAUGCUAUUUUUAGACCCGGAUGGCGCUUACAAAAACAUCACGGUUACGUAAAAACGUUGGCUGGAACGACCCAACUGGACCCACGUUAUGGACCAUUCUAUUUCAAUCAGCCUAUUGACCACUUUACUGCAAACUCCCGCACUUUCAAGCAGCGCUUUUGGGCUAAUACCGACUGGUAUGAGCCAGGCGGACCGGUUAUCUUAUACAACGCUGGCGAAACAGCUGCUGAUGAACGAUCGGCCUAUGUUACCAAUUCAUCCAUGGCGCUGUUGGCACGUGAUUUACGAGGCAUUAUCAUUGUUAUGGAGCAUCGCAGUUAUGGACGUUCACAACCUGGCACGGAUUAUUCAGUGAAAUAUUUGAAAACCUUGACUACGGCGCAGGCCUUGGAAGAUAUGGCCAACAUCAUUCGCACUGUCAAGUUACCGAAUCUUGAAGGAGAGCUUCCACCACCUCCCGCCACACGAUGGAUCGUCUAUGGUGGAAGCUACAGCGGCAAUUUGGCAGCGUGGAUGCGCGAAAAGUAUCCCGAUCUCGUCUUCGCAGCGGUAGCAUCCUCGGCUCCCGUGGAACUACGCUAUAACUUUUAUCAAUACUUCCAAGCUGUACAACAGUACGCGCCCCGACACUGUGUGCACGCCAUCCAAAUGGUGAUGCAGUACGUGGACCAUAUUCUUUACGGUCCAUUUGAGAGUGGCAAACGAAGACUCAGGAGACGUUUCGGCGUGGAAGAACUCGAGCACGAUGAUGACUUUGCCGAAUGUAAGUGA